AGGAGUAACCUGCUUGCGCAUCAGCACAUCACCCCACUCUCUGCUGUUAAAGCGUCUGUUGAAGCUGUGUGACCUCAUCAUGAUGUGAUUUUUUUUCUCCCCCCCCCAUCAUCACUGGAAGCAGAGAUGUCUGAUAGACACACUUAGUUUAUCGAUCCCUUGGACUCAACUUUUUCAGGAUUACGUCUCGGUUUAUCGCCACCGUAUUUGCAGCCUGUUCGUGUCGCCCAGCCAUGGCACAGCAGGACGGUGCUGCCAAGAAGAACCCCGCUGUUGUGGCGUUGCACUCUCACUUCAUUGUGGGAUCAGUAUCGGAGGAGAACUCAGAGGAUGAAAUCCCAGGGAAGCCUGACAUGCAGCUGGAGGAAAAGGAGACUCGUUCCUUGUCACCAUCCUCCGGUAGCUCAGACAGCACCUUUGAAAUGGGAUUUGACCACAUUGAUGGCCCCAUACAGAAUCUAAGGCCAAGCAUGUCAGGGCUGCACCUGGUGAAGCAAGGCAGAGAUCGCCGGCGUAUUGAUCUCCAGAGGGACUUCACCGUGGCUUCUCCUGCUGAAUUUGUUACACGCUUUGGUGGCAACAAGGUUAUCGAGAAGGUGCUUAUUGCCAACAAUGGCAUUGCAGCGGUCAAAUGCAUGCGCUCCAUCCGCCGCUGGGCCUAUGAGAUGUUUCGCAAUGAAAGGGCAAUCCGCUUUGUUGUCAUGGUGACCCCAGAGGACCUGAAGGCAAAUGCAGAGUACAUCAAAAUGGCAGAUCAUUAUGUGCCUGUGCCAGGAGGGACUAAUAACAACAACUAUGCCAAUGUGGAGCUCAUUCUGGACAUUGCUAAACGCAUACCUGUUCAGGCAGUGUGGGCUGGGUGGGGUCAUGCCUCAGAGAACCCCAAACUCCCAGAGUUGCUUCAAAAGAAUGGCAUUGCUUUCAUGGGUCCCCCAAGUCAGGCUAUGUGGGCUCUAGGAGACAAGAUUGCCUCUUCUAUCGUGGCUCAGACAGCUGGCAUUCCAACCCUGCCCUGGAGCGGCUCAGGCCUGACAGUAGACUGGACAGAGAACAACCAAAAGAAGAGGAUCAUCAAUGUUCCUACUGACGUGUAUGAGCUUGGCUGCAUCCAGGAUGUAGAGGAUGGCCUUAAUGCUGCAGAGAAGGUCGGCUAUCCUGUAAUGGUGAAGGCCUCAGAGGGAGGUGGAGGAAAAGGCAUCCGUAAAGUCAACUCUGCUGAUGAUUUCCCUAACCUCUUUAGACAGGUCCAGGCAGAAGUUCCGGGAUCACCUAUUUUUGUCAUGCAGCUAGCCAAGCAUGCCCGCCACCUAGAGGUCCAGAUCUUGGCUGAUCAAUAUGGCAAUGCCAUUUCCCUGUUUGGUAGAGACUGUUCUGUGCAGCGACGGCACCAGAAAAUUAUAGAGGAGGCCCCUGCUACCAUCGCCACUUCUGAUGUGUUUGAGGAUAUGGAAAGGUGUGCUGUGAAGCUGGCUAAGAUGGUGGGGUACGUCAGUGCAGGUACAGUGGAGUAUCUCUACAGCCAAGAUGGUAGUUUCUACUUCCUGGAGCUCAACCCUCGUCUGCAGGUGGAACACCCUUGUACUGAGAUGGUGGCUGAUGUCAACUUGCCUGCUGCUCAACUGCAGAUUGCUAUGGGUAUUCCUCUUCAAAGGAUCAAAGACAUCAGGAUGCUUUAUGGGGUCCAGCCCUGGGGAGACUCUCCCAUUGACUUUGAGGGUCUGUCGACAGCCCCCUCUCCACGGGGCCAUGUCAUCGCAGCACGUAUCACCAGUGAAAAUCCUGAUGAGGGCUUCAAGCCAAGCUCUGGAACAGUACAAGAGCUGAAUUUCCGCAGCAAUAAGAACGUGUGGGGCUACUUCAGUGUUGCAGCAGCUGGAGGGCUGCAUGAGUUUGCUGACUCCCAGUUUGGACACUGUUUCUCUUGGGGAGAGAAUCGGGAAGAAGCCAUCUCCAACAUGGUGGUGGCUCUGAAGGAGUUGUCUAUCAGAGGAGACUUCAGGACCACAGUGGAAUACCUCAUUAAGCUGCUGGAGACUGAAAGCUUUCAGCACAACAGCAUUGACACAGGCUGGCUGGAUAGACUGAUCUCAGAGAAGAUGCAGGCGGAGCGUCCUGAUACCAUGCUGGGAAUUGUGAGUGGGGCUCUUCAUGUGGCAGAUGUCAAUCUAAGGAACAGUGUGUCCAACUUUCUGCAUUCUCUGGAAAGGGGCCAGGUGCUGCCAGCACACACACUACUCAACACUGUGGAUGUGGAGCUGAUCUAUGAAGGUAAUAAGUACGUCCUGACAGUGACACGCCAGUCUCCCAACUCCUACGUGGUCAUCAUGAACAACUCCUCUGCUGAGGUGGACGUCCAUCGGCUCAGUGAUGGAGGCCUUUUGCUGUCUUAUGAUGGAAGCAGCUACACUACCUACAUGAAGGAAGAGGUGGACAGGUAUCGCAUCACAAUUGGGAACAAGACUUGUGUUUUUGAAAGGGAGAAUGAUCCCUCGCUGCUGCGAUCUCCUUCAGCAGGAAAACUUAUCCAGUACACAGUUGAGGAUGGCGGGCAUGUGUUUUCUGGCCAGUGCUACGCUGAAAUAGAGGUGAUGAAGAUGGUAAUGACCCUUACAGCUGCGGAGUCUGGUUGUAUUCACUAUGUGAAGAGGGCUGGAGCAGCACUGGAGCCUGGCUGUGUCAUUGCCAAGCUGCAACUGGAUGACCCAAGCAGAGUGCAACAGGCAGAGCUGCACACAGGGGCCCUGCCUUCUAUCCAGGCAGUAGCUCUGAGAGGGGAGAAGCUACACAGAGUCUUCCACAACACACUGGACCAUCUUGUUCACAUAAUGAAUGGCUACUGUCUUCCUGAGCCUUUUUUCAGUGCUAAGUUGAAAGAGUGGGUGGAAAGGUUGAUGAAAACCAUGCGUGAUCCCUCUUUGCCACUGUUGGAGCUUCAAGACAUCAUGACUAGUGUGUCAGGUCGCAUCCCCCCUGCUGUGGAGAAGGCCAUCAAGAAGGAGAUGGCUCAGUAUGCUAGCAACAUCACCUCUGUACUCUGCCAGUUCCCCAGCCAGCAGAUUGCAAACAUCCUGGACAGUCAUGCUGCUACUCUUAACAAGAAGUCAGAGAGAGAAGUCUUCUUUAUGAAUACACAAAGCAUUGUUCAGCUGGUGCAGAAGUAUCGCAGUGGCAUCAGAGGUCACAUGAAGGCGGUGGUGAUGGACUUGCUCAGACAGUACCUCAAAGUAGAGAUCCAGUUUCAGAAUGGACACUAUGACAAGUGUGUGUUUGCACUGCGUGAGGAAAACAAAGGUGACAUGGCCAAUGUGCUCAACUAUAUCUUCUCCCAUGCCCAAGUCACCAAGAAGAACCUGCUGGUUACUAUGCUGAUUGAUCAGCUGUGUGGCCGUGAUCCCACACUGACAGAUGAACUGAUGGCCAUCUUGACUGAACUCACCCAGCUCAGCAAGACAACCAAUGCCAAGGUGGCACUGCGUGCCCGGCAGGUGUUGAUAGCUUCCCACCUCCCCUCGUAUGAGCUACGACACAACCAGGUGGAGUCCAUCUUCCUCUCUGCCAUUGAUAUGUAUGGGCACCAAUUCUGCAUUGAGAACCUGCAGAAACUGAUCCUUUCAGAAACGUCCAUCUUUGAUGUUCUACCCAACUUCUUCUACCACAGUAAUCAGGUAGUCAGGAUGGCUGCCCUUGAGGUGUAUGUUCGCAGAGCAUACAUUGCCUAUGAGCUCAACAGCGUUCAGCAUCGACAGCUGAGGGACAACACAUGUAUAGUAGAGUUCCAGUUCAUGCUUCCCACCUCACAUCCCAACAGAGGGAACAUCCCCACUCUAAACAGGAAAAUGUCUGCUCCAAUCCUGGACAUUGUAAAAUCCCCGGACACUAAAUUACAGGCAACUAAACCCCAGGACCUUAAAGCACAAGAUAGUAAAUCUAAGGAUGAUAAUGCUGAGAAGAAAAAUGCCUCAGAUUUGGAAUCUGUGGACAGGAUGUCAUUCUCAUCUAACUUAAACCACUACGGCAUGGUGCAUGUAGCCAGCGUCAGUGACGUUCUGCUUGACACAUCUUUUACACCACCUUGUCAGCGCAUGGGAGCCAUGGUCGCUUUCCGCUCCUUCCAGGAGUUCACCAGGAACAUAUCAGACAUGUUAAGCUGCUUCUCUGACUCUCCUCCCCCAAGUCCAACCUUCCCAGAGGGAGGUAAUCCUGUCCUGUACGGUGAAGAGGACAACAAGAGUGUCCAGGAUGAGCCUAUCCAUAUCCUGAAUGUGGCUAUAAAGACAGAUAGUGACAUUGAUGAUGAUGGCCUGGCAGCCAACUUCCGAGAGUUCAUUCAGUCAAAGAAAUCUCUGCUAUUUGAACAUGGCAUCCGUAGGUUGACUUUCCUUGUGGCUCAGAAGGAUUUCAGGAAGCAAGUCAACUGUGAGGUGGACCAAAGGUUUCAUAGAGAAUUCCCCAAAUUUUUCACGUUCCGUGCCAGAGACAAGUUUGAGGAGGACAGGAUCUAUCGUCAUUUGGAGCCAGCACUAGCUUUCCAGCUGGAGCUCAACCGCAUGCGCAAUUUUGCCUUAACUGCAAUCCCGUGUGCCAACCACAAGAUGCACCUGUACCUGGGUGCAGCCCGUGUGGAGGUGGGCACAGAGGUUACGGACUACCGUUUCUUUGUGCGAGCCAUUAUCCGCCACUCUGAUCUGGUCACAAAGGAGGCCUCUUUCGAAUACCUUCACAAUGAGGCAGAGCGUCUGCUGCUGGAAGCCAUGGAUGAGCUGGAGGUGGCUUUCAACAACACAACUGUACGAACUGACUGUAACCAUAUCUUCCUCAAUUUUGUCCCCACAGUCAUCAUGGACCCAUCAAAGAUUGAGGAGUCUGUGCGCUCCAUGGUGAUGCGUUACGGCAGCCGUCUGUGGAAGCUGCGUGUCCUGCAGGCUGAACUGAAAAUUAACAUCCGCCUGACUCCAACAGGAAAGCAAAUCCCCAUCCGCCUCUUCCUCACCAAUGAAUCAGGCUACUACCUGGACAUCAGCUUGUAUAAGGAAGUCACUGAUUCCCGAACGGGACAGGUGGGGCCCAAAGACCGACAGAUCAUGUUCCAAGCAUAUGGAGACAAGCAGGGUCCGUUGCAUGGCAUGCUCAUCAACACCCCUUAUGUCACCAAGGACCUGCUGCAAUCUAAGCGCUUCCAGGCACAGUCUCUGGGCACCACCUAUGUCUAUGACUUUCCAGAAAUGUUCAGACAGGCUCUGAAAAAGCUGUGGCACUCUAGCCAGGCCUAUGCCCACUUACCCAAAUGCCCUCUUCCUUCUGAGCUGCUCACCUUCACGGAGCUGGUUCUUGACGCCCAAGGUCAGCUGGUGCAGAUGAACCGACUGCCAGGGGGCAACGAGAUUGGUAUGGUGGCAUGGCGCAUGACCCUGCGUACGCCAGAAUAUCCAGCGGGUCGUGAGAUCAUCGUCAUAAGUAAUGACAUCACACACAAGAUAGGCUCUUUUGGGCCCCAGGAGGACGUGCUGUUCCUGCGAGCCUCAGAGAUGGCACGAGAGAGCAGCAUCCCUCGAAUCUACAUCGCAGCCAACAGUGGUGCCCGCAUCGGGCUGGCAGAGGAAAUCAGACACAUGUUCCACGUGGCCUGGCAAGAUCCAGGUGACCCUUAUAAGGGUUUCAAGUAUCUCUACCUCACACCUCAGGAUUACAAGAAAGUUUCAGCCCUGAACUCUGUGCAUUGCGAACAUGUGGAGGACGAGGGAGAAUCUAGGUACAAGAUCACUGACAUCAUAGGAAAAGAUGAAGGGCUGGGUGUGGAGAAUCUGAAAGGGUCUGGAAUGAUUGCUGGAGAAUCCUCUCUGGCUUAUGAGGAGAUCAUUACCAUGAACCUGGUCACAUGCAGAGCCAUAGGGAUUGGAGCCUAUCUGGUGAGGCUUGGACAGAGAACCAUUCAAGUGGACAACUCUCACAUUAUCCUUACUGGAGCUGGAGCACUCAACAAGGUGCUGGGCAGAGAAGUGUACACAUCGAACAACCAACUUGGUGGAAUUCAAAUCAUGCACAACAAUGGUGUGACCCACUGUACUGUUUGUGAUGACUUUGAGGGAGUCUUCAUGCUUCUGCAGUGGCUGUCUUACAUGCCUAUGUGUAAAUCUAGUCCAGUGCCCAUCCUCAAUGCCAAGGAUCCCAUCGAUCGGCUAGUGGAGUUUGUGCCUACAAAGGCUCCCUAUGACCCUCGCUGGAUGUUAGCAGGACGUCCCAGCCAGAACAACACAAGUAAUUUUGAGACGUCAACUUGGGCUCUUGGAAACUCUCCAAAGGGUUCCUGGCAGAGUGGCUUCUUUGACCAUGGCUCCUUCAUGGAGAUUAUGCAGCCAUGGGCUCAAAGUGUGGUGGUAGGCAGAGCCAGACUGGGUGGGAUACCUACUGGGGUGGUUGCCGUGGAAACCAGGUCAGUGGAGCUGUCAAUCCCAGCUGAUCCAGCCAAUUUGGACUCAGAGGCAAAGAUCAUCCAGCAGGCAGGACAGGUGUGGUUCCCAGAUUCUGCUUUCAAAACAGCCCAGGCUAUUAAGGACCUGAACAGAGAGGGCCUACCUCUCAUAGUGUUUGCCAACUGGAGGGGCUUUUCUGGAGGAAUGAAAGAUAUGUACGACCAGGUGUUGAAGUUUGGGGCCUACAUUGUGGACGGGCUGAGGGAGUACAAGCAACCGGUACUGGUUUAUAUCCCCCCCCAGGCUGAGCUGAGAGGAGGAUCCUGGGUGGUUAUAGAUCCUACCAUAAACCCUCGUCACAUGGAGAUGUACGCUGACAAGGACAGCCGAGGUGGAGUGUUGGAACCUGAGGGAACAGUGGAGAUCAAGUUUAGGAGGAAGGACCUGGUGAAGACUAUGAGGAGAGUAGAUCCGGUCUACAUGGGCUUGGCUGAAAGAUUGGGAACCCCAGAGCUGAGUCCCCCUGAUCGUAAAGAGCUGGAGACCAGGCUGAAGGAGCGUGAGGAGUUUCUCCUGCCUAUUUACCACCAGGUGGCUGUGCAGUUUGCGGACCUCCACGACACCCCAGGUCGCAUGCAAGAGAAAGGCGUAAUAACGGAUAUCCUUGAAUGGCAAACGUCCCGUCAGUUCUUUUACUGGCGUCUGCGGCGUCUGCUGCUGGAGGAGACGGUGAAGAGGAAGAUCCAAGCGGCCAACAGCGAGCUGACUGACGGCCAGGUCCAGGCAAUGCUGCGCCGCUGGUUUGUGGAGGCCGAGGGGGCUGUCAAGGCCUAUCUCUGGGAUAACAAUGAAGAGGUGGUGGGAUGGCUGGAGAGGCAACUAGCUGAAGAAGAGGGCGCGAGGUCUGUCAUCGAUGAGAACAUAAAGUACAUCCGCCGAGAUCACAUCCUCAAGCAGAUACGCAGCCUUGUUCAAGCCAAUCCAGAGGUUGCCAUGGAUUCUAUUGUGCACAUGACCCAGCACAUCUCACCCACACAGAGGACCGAGGUGGUCCGUAUCUUGUCCACUAUGGAGACGUCGGCCUCCUCCUAGUGGGAGCCUGUGCUCUCCUCCCUGCCUGGCUGAGGCACAGCUCAGGCCACAACCGCAGCCAAAGGAGCCUGGCUCAGCCACACCUGCCCCUGCCUGAGACCUGGGCUGGAAACUGAGGCUGGAGGAGCCAACAUGAGGGCCCUUCGCAGCUGCCAGGUUACUGAUGAAUUGUUGGCAAUGAUUCUCACUAAGCAAGAGGUCAGAUGACUGACAUCAAUUAUAACAUUUUGUAAAUUGUCUUACAUGUAUGCUAGUGUUUAGAUAAAUCCAUGUAUUUUGUAUUCAAGUGCAAUUGGAAAAAUGACUUCAGAAAUAUCUAGUGACUAAUAUGUAAUAAGAUGUUUGGAGUUUACACAGUUGGCCCAAGUGGACGUUUAUGCAUCCAUGAUAAUCAGUGGCCUCCAUUCUUUUGAACUGGAGUGUGCACAAUACAUUUAGAAUGCUGUUGUCAUAUUAAAAUGCACCUUGGUUUGUGACAUAUGCUUGUUAAGAUUUGCAAGUGUUUUGAUGACCAACUCAACAGUGACAACACAUUGCUGGGAGCAUUAGCGAGAAAGGGGGUUUUGCACUCCUAAGUAGGGAGCACUUAGUUACUGAACAAAGACAGGGAACACUAUAAGAGAUUUGGACAGGAGAGCCCAGCAGGGAGCAGGGACAAGGUCCCUUUUAGACCCCGACUGUUUCACAGUUUCCCUGCAGUGAGCAACGGGCAGCUCGCCUCACAACAAAACCACAGCUGUCCCUUCUGUUCUUACUCACACAGUACACACAUGCUGCUUUAUAUGUACUUUACUGUUCUCUCACAUUGCACCCAGAAUCAAACCUGCACAGUUUUUAACUGUUGCAUCUAGCAUACAAACAUACGCACACAUACAUGCACAAAAUGAUACAAACCAUAAUACACACAGAGAUGAUAAUAGUUGAAAUGAGAAUUGAUAAUGGUACUACACACAGAGUGGAUAAUAGUGUGCUUGUUUAGAAAAAUAGUCUUUUCUCCCUCGGGUUACUUUUUUUGUUGAAACUAUUGUUUGCUCCUUAACCCAAUCAUUGAAAGUUGAGGGGUUUUUAUUUGUUUUUAACUAAAUAAAUAUUUUUGAAUUUACACCAUUUAGAUGGCUAAAUCAUUAAAUGUCUGUUUUGUGAAAGAACAAAUGCUACUGUUCGCUGGAUGUGCAUGUUACAUGUCAGAUAUGGUGUCUACUUUUAACUGUAAUCCACAUUAACUGUUCUAUUUAAAGUUUAUACUUUAUGUAUAUGAAAUGUUACUUAUUUUUAAUAUAAAUUUUUGAAAACAUUGUUUGAAUUGCAUAUUACUUCACUACUUGAGUUUGUUACCAAUAGACAUAGGAAAAAUGUGACAACUGUAUCAUACAAGGAUUUUUUUUUUUAAAGAACAGAGUACAUAAUAAUAAAGGAAAACAGCACCAAUUCAGUCCUAUAGAUCAUUGUGUCAUAUGCUCUGCUGAAAAUGCAACGUUAGCAAUGUAAAAUGGCUUCAUGGUCAGUGCUGUGCAUUUUUAUGUGCCUGUAUCGACUUGUAGUCCAGUUGCUUUAUAAGUAACUGGUUGUUUCCUACACAAGGAUGGAGAGGAAUUCACAGUGAUGAGCUCUAAAUGUGUCUGCAAAUUUAAUAAAGCUUACCCAACUUA